AUGAGGGCAGCAUCUCUUACCGGGGGCUGGAUUGGCUUUGGCUCAGCUGGAACCAGGGGGCAGAGCUACGGGGGCCGUCACCGAGGAGGGUCCUCAGGACAUGCUUGCCCGUUAAGAGAUUACCAAUGGAGAAACAGCCUUGGUGGUCCUCCAGGGGCAAAGAACAAAAUGAAAACUGGCAGUAGCCCUGAUUCAACCACUUCUCGGGGUUGCCAGUUGCCUAAGGAGCUCACAUCAUACAUCAGAGGGGAGGCCUUUGUGACUUCAGUUUACAUGAAGGAGCUGGAGGCUCAAAUUCAGGCCAUUGACAUCUUAAUAUCCCAAAAGGCACAGUUACAGAGAGCCCUGGCUGAUGUUCACCGUAUAGUCUGGCAGAAAGCAGGUGCGAAUCUGGGCACCCUUCUUCCCUCAACCUGGAACAGCUAUGAGGACCUCAAGUGUCACCAGUCCCAACUGAAGGAGAAGCUUCAGGUCCUUGUGAUGGAGAAGGUGGCCUUGCAGCUCCAGAUGAAAAAGCUUGAGACAUCCAAGCUUCUGCCACAACAAAUGCAUACUUCAAGAGAGGAGCAUGGCCUGAGUCAGGUCCAGGAACCAGAGACCUGCUUGGCUGAUGUAAGCAUGUGGACAGGCCUGAAGACUGGCGGUGGGACAUCAGGUGGCUCCAGUGGCUCCUUUCACUACACCUUUCAUGGGGACCCCCACGCCACCUUUGCCUCCUUCUUUGGUGGCUCCAACCCCUUCGAUAUCUUCUUUGCCAGCAGCCGCUCCACUCGGCCCUUCAGUGGCUUUGACCCAGACGACAUGGACGUGGAUGAAGAUGAGGACCCAUUUGGCGCCUUUGGUCGCUUUGGCUUCAAUGGGCUGAGCAGGGGUCCGAGGCGAGCCCCAGAGCCGCUGUACCCUCGGCGCAAGGUGCAGGACCCACCCGUGGUGCACGAGCUGCGGGUGUCGCUGGAGGAGAUCUACCACGGCUCCACCAAGCGCAUGAAGAUCACCCGGCGGCGCCUCAACCCCGACGGGCGGACCGUGCGCACCGAGGACAAGAUCCUGCACAUCGUCAUCAAGCGCGGCUGGAAGGAAGGCACCAAGAUCACCUUCCCCAAAGAGGGCGACGCCACGCCUGACAACAUCCCCGCCGACAUCGUCUUCGUGCUCAAGGACAAGCCCCACGCGCACUUCCGCCGAGAUGGCACCAACGUGCUCUACAGCGCCCUGAUCAGCCUCAAGGAGGCACUGUGUGGCUGCACCGUGAACAUUCCCACCAUUGACGGCCGAGUGAUCCCUUUGCCCUUUAACGAUGUCAUCAAGCCAGGCACCGUGAAGAGACUCCGUGGGGAGGGCCUUCCCUUCCCCAAGGUGCCCCCCCAGCGGGGAGACCUCACUAUCACUUUCCGUAGUGAAAUGCAAGCACAAGUCCUUAAACAGAACUUAGCCUGCUCCUAG